GUUUUGACGCUCAUCGCCGAUGUGCAGUUCGAGUUUCCAAGUUUUGACCUUGACCACAAUCCGACGGUCGAUGCUGACAUGGAUGACGACGACGUGGCCGAUCAGAGGCAGCUACUCCAGGCUUAUAAGAGCCUCGUCACAGUCCUUGCACUUCCGUUCUCACCACUUGCCUCAGAAGGUCUGCAAACCAGGCAGGUUGCCGAGAUAGCCGGCCGGAUGCACCGAUACAAG